AUGAGUUGCACAAAGAUACCGGCAAGCGUCAUCAUGCCGCCCCGGGAGCUGAAGCAAUACAAGCGAUGGCAGUGCUUGCACACCAACGUCAGACCAGCUGAGCAAGGCUACAUUCCUACAGCACACGAAUACGAAGAUUUUCACCAGUGGCUGAAGCGACAAGACUCUGGAUACUUCUCAGACAUAUUCGAUGAUAUCACCGGUCACAUCUCACAUUGUGGUUCUGAAACAACGUCAUCUUCGUUCAACUCACCAGUCGCAUCGAUAUGUCAGCAUGCGAUGCAUCCCGUAGCAGCGGGCCAGCCACAAUCACGAUGUCCCGUCUGUAUUGUUGAGUUGCAUGUCAGAUACAUGAACGUCCUGUCCGAGGCACUUAAAAGUGCUGGUGGUCGCGCUCCCUCUUGUACACUCACCAGCUCUGAACACCAGGACAUAGUGUACAGCGCUUGGUGCAAGGGGAAGAUUAGUACACUCAAGGAGCUGUCGAGACUAGAGACCAUGGCUGAAGAAGAGGCUAGAUGGUCCGCGCAGCACCCGGAGACCAGUCACGAAGAGACGCAAACCGCAGCGAAGGCGGUGGAGCUAUACUGGUCAGAAACAACUGGUUGCUUGGAAAGGCUACCGCGCUCCAAAAAGCACACUGCUGUAGUCUUCGCUCAAGAUACCGACUUUGCGCCCGGACGACCCAACCCUUACUUCCACCGACGAUCACCUCGAUAUGAACCUGGGAAAUAUACAGUUGCGGAACAAGACGAACCAGAAGAGGACCAAAUCUCAGAAGAUUCGGAAGACUACUCCCAAGUCAAGAUCCAUCAUGUUGGUGAAACAGAAGAGUCGGUCAACGAAAGUCUGCUUUCCAAUGAAGAGGAGUCACGGCCGGUCUUUGACUCAAUCGACGAGAUCGAAGACGAUGACGAGAAUAGUGACUGGGAAGACAUUGACUCUGGCGACGAAAGCUCUGAAUAUGGUGAUGAAUGUGGCGAGGGUGAUGGUAUAUAUUUUGAAAUCGAGGAAGAGGCGAGCUUUAUCGUCUUUGGCGAUGACUGA